AGUUUUUUAAAGAUUGUGGUCAGGAUUUACAAACCUUAGGGUUUGUUAUGCAAAUGUCCCAACUGUAAUCAUCUUUGUGCGUCCUAACCAAAUGGAUCGCAGUGUAAUUCUGGUGUCUUGCAUUUGCUUUUUUAUAAUGAUUUUACUGGGAUUCUGGUACAUAAUUUUCUUCACACCUUUAGCAUUAAUUUAUUUCCUUUGGAAAUUGAGUGAUGAUUUAAUUUAUCAUCCAGAAAGUCCGCCAGAUGCCAGAAAGCAUGUGACGUCUCCUUCAACCAUGAAACUUCCCUUUACCGAUCUCUAUCUGACAACAGAAGAUAAUAUUAAAAUUCAUUGUAUAUUCAUCCAACAAGUUGAACAAAGAUCUGAAAGCCCAGCAACAUUACUCUAUUUACAUGGUAAUGCAGGCAACAUUGGCCAUAGAUUAAUCAAUGUCAGCGAGUUAUUCCACGUUCUUAAGGUGAACAUUCUCUUGGUAGAGUAUCGUGGUUAUGGCUACAGUCAGGGAAGACCAAGUGAAAAAGGUCUUUACAAAGAUGCCCAAUCAGCCUUAGAUUAUCUUCACAGAAGAUCGGAUAUCGAUAAAGACAAAAUUGUAAUAUUUGGUAGAUCCCUUGGUGCUGCUGUAGCCAUUAAUUUAGCGACUGUUGAACGAUAUCGUAAUGCAUUUUCGUGUCUCAUUAUCGAAAAUACUUUCACCAAUUUAGCUGACAUUGCAAGAAUCGUUGUAAAUAAUUUUUUCGUUAAACGUCUCCCGAAUUGGGUUUUUGGCAACCGUUACGAUUCAAUAACCAAAAUAUCCUCCAUCAAGGUGCCAAUUUUGUUUCUUUCUGGUUUAGCCGAUGAAAUUAUUCCAUCAAGUAUGAUGAACUCACUAUAUCAAGCUGCAACCAGCCAGUUGAAGUUAAUUUACACCUUUCCAAAUGGCAAUCACAAUUUUACAUGGAGAUGUGAUGGUUAUUAUCCAGUUAUAGACCUUUUUUUGACCAAAGUAUUCACUGAAUAUUCGCACAAUAAAGCUCAUCUGUCUACUAGUGACCAGCAAGACUCAAGCGACGAUGAUAAUGAACAAGAAGAAUUAGUGACAUCCGUUGGUGUUUAUCAUAGACUUCCUGUGUAAAAACAAAGUUGAAGCUCGAUUUUUUAUCGAAAAGACACUUUUUAAUCUCAAAACAAUCUUCAUUUAAAAUUUGGUGACCAAAAUUAUUUUCUCUAUGAAAGAUGAAUCCAGAUUUUACAAUUGUUCAUAUUUUUUGCACUGUUUGAAAAUUCAUUAUACAUUCUCAUCAUUUCUCACUAAUCGAAUGCAAUAUAGGUUUAAUGGUCUCAUCAUCAUCUGCAAUCAAAUAAAGAAAAGCUAUAUUUCAAAGUAAAAUCAAUCAAUUUCCAUUAAUUAUAUUUUCGUAUACAUUAAAGUCUAAAAUUAUUAUAA